AAAGCGUCUACGGAUGGAUCUGCAGCACCGUUGUUGCAAUUGAUCUUGAUAAAAUGAAAGGAUGCUGUAUUUUGCUAGCAGUAAGUACAUUUUUUCUACCCGCCUUAAUUAUACUGGUUAUGUACGCUCUCGUUUUUGUUGCUGUUCAUAAACGCCGAAAGAUGUUGAGAAAUGGCGAACUGGGUCAAACCUGCAAUGAUCAGAACCAACGAAGUGCCUUUCUUCAAGAUCUGAAGGCUAUCCGAAUGUUGUUGGUUGUCGUGGGAGUGUUUAUACUUUGCUGGGGUCCUAUCUUGAUUUAUAUAUUGCUUGUACCCUACUAUCCAAAUUUGAUUGGUUCG